AUACAUUCAAAUAUGUAUCUUGAAAGAAACACUUGAAUAGCUCAAUUGUGAAUCCAUUUUAAAAUAUUUAAUUAGCUCAAGAGAUAACUGUAAACGUAAUUACCUACUUACUCAAAAAUGGUCUCAAAGAUUUUCGUAUUUGGUGUUGUUUUAAUUUGUAUUAUCAUCGACGUAGCUCGCGGAAUCGCACAAGAAAAGGAGAACGAUGAAGGACCGGCGAUUGAAGUCAAAGCUGUUUUGAAUGGUACUGCGUCUUUACCGUGCAAUAUAAAGCCGCAGUCGAAUAAUGAUUCUGUUAUAUUGGUCGUCUGGUAUAGAAACGAGCUGAAACCUAUUUACAGUUAUGAUAUCAGAGGAGGCAGUUUCUCCAAAACUGCUACGCAUUGGAAGGAUAAGAAUCGAUUGGGUGAAAGGGCGCAUUUUCGAACUGUACAAGAUCCGGCCAUAUUGGCUAUUAAUAAUGUACAAGAGAAUGACGAAGGCAAUUACAGAUGCCGAGUGGAUUUUCUCAGAUCACCAACCAGAAAUGCCAAAGUUUAUUUGAUGAUUGUUGUACCGCCUGAAAAGCCAGUAAUCUUGAACAAAGAUGGUAGAGAAAUUGGCGCCGUAGCCGGCCCUUAUGUUGAAGGAUUGGAUGCAAAGCUUAUAUGUAAAGUACAAGGUGGUAAACCGCCGCCGACCAUCAGAUGGUGGAGAGACGAUACGUUAUUGGAAUCCAGCGAAAUAGCAACGGCCGAAAACGAUGUCAAAUUGAGGGAAGUAGUAGUUCAUAACAUAAACCGCACCGACCUGCAUAAAUCUCUGGUAUGCCAAGCGUCCAACAAUAAUAUCAACGGCCCUUUAACAACUACCGUUCAUUUGGAUGUUUAUUUUAAACCGUACAAUUUAACUAUUGUGGAUAGUAAUCAGCCUUUGUCGUCUACUCGAGAGUAUAAAAUUAUUUGUCAAGCUUUCGGCUCCAGACCGCAUGCCAGUAUUACGUGGUGGAAAAAUGGCGAACUGUUGACUAAUUAUACCGAAGAGAUAACCGACAACGGAAACAUAACAACAUCCAUAUUAACAUUCAAACCAGAACUGAUAGAUCACAAUAAAUCGUUAAUAUGUCGAGCCGAAAACCCAAAGAUUGUCGGAGGCAUCACGGAAGCUGUGUCGAUAAUCGAUGUAACCUUUGCUCCAGUACUGAAAUUAGAGCUCGGAGAGAAAAUGAAUCCGGAAGAUAUCGAAGAAGGAGAUGAUGUUUAUUUCGAAUGCAAAAUUACCGCUAAUCCGCAAGCUUACAAGGUGGAAUGGAGUCAUAACGGCGUGUUAGUGCAACAGAAUACGAAGAACGGUAUAAUAGCUAAUCAUAAAGCAUUGAUAUUGCAAAAGGUUAAAAGACACAUGGCUGGAAAUUAUACAUGCAUCGCUUCAAGCGUCGAGGGAGACGGUAAAAGCAAUACUGUGCAGCUCCGAGUAAUGUAUAAACCAGUCUGCAAACCGAAUCAAAAAUACAUAUACGGAGUAGCAAAGGAAGAAAACGCUCAAGUGAUUUGCGAAGUUGACGCGUUUCCAGCUCCCGAUUCAUUUAAAUGGUUGUUUAAUCAUACAACAAAACCAAUACCGGAAGGUCGUUAUACGGCGGUCGACAAUCGUAAAGGAAUAUCAAUAUUAACAUUUAGCCCGCAAACGGAAUUAGAUUACGGAAUUUUAAUGUGUUACGCCCACAACGCGGUAGGACAACAAAGCGAUCCUUGUAUUUUCCAUAUAAUUCCAGCAGGACAACCCGAGCCACCGUAUAAUUGUACAGUUAGUAAUCAGACAUCUGAUUCUAUCGAGAUUUUUUGUAAAGAAGGAUUCGAUAAUGGACAAACACAGUCUUUCUAUGCUGAAGUCAUUGAUCCGGAUACAGAUGCUUUAAUGACUAACUUAUCGUCUACCAAGUUGACCUUUAAAAUUGGCAGGCUUUCGCCUGGUAAAGCUUUGAGGAUGAAUAUUUACGCCGUCAAUACCAGGGGUAAAAGCGAACCAACAGUGGUUGAAACGUACACUCUGGAGUCAGCUCAGAAACAUACUGGAGAUCCAUCACGUUUGAAAAUGGCUCCGGUGGUUGGUGCAUUGUUGGGGUUAGCUGCCAUAUCGUUGGUAUUAGGAGUAGUGGCGUUGUGCGCCCUUCGUGGUCGUAGUAGCAGUCGAUCGCAGCCGCGCUUUAUGAAUGCCAACGGAAAUAUUUCGGAUAAGGGCAAAUGUAUAUCUGAUCUGGAUGCUUACGAAGUGGCUGAGAAAACUCCCGAUGUGAUACAAUGCAAUAAUAAAGGAACUGAAUACAGACCUUUGAGAAUCGACAAUGAAAAUUCUAGAAGCAAUUUAUCGGUUAACGCUUCCAGUAUUCAGAGUAACGCCAAUCAGCUUGAUAAAGUUGGAUUGUGCUCAACAAACGAGUCAUCCUUAGAAGAUAUACUCAACACUAAUGCUGUUAACGACUACACCAACAGUAUGGAGGCACCAACGUCGCCUAAACUAAGUACCAAUAAAAAAUUAUUUCCGAAUUCUUCCAUAUCACAAACGACUGAACAGUAUAAAACAUUGCCGUCGAAUAAGAGUUACACUCCAUUUUUAGAAGGUCGUAACGCGGCAAAUUCCACCAGCAAAACUUACAUAGCUGCGCCUGCGGAAUGCGCAGUGACUUCGAUCGCCCCUCAUCAUCGAGAGGUAAUCACAGUUCGAACUCCUUUACCACAUAACGAUCAAGAAAGCUGCGUUUAGUCAAAGUGAUAGCCUAUGUAAUUAAUAUGGUACUUCAAAACUGGACGAGUUGAAAUUGGAAUUUUUUGUGUUCAUUGGCGAGAAAUAAUUACUUAUUUAAAGCAUUUUUCGAGG